GCCUCCCGGCUGCCCUUGUGCCUCACACACCCCCCUGGCCUCCUCCGUCCCGGCGCUCGCUCCGGGAGCUGAGCCGGCCCCGCCUGAAGAGCAGCAGCGGCUGGAAGAUCCAGCUUUCUUUGGUCAAGUACAGCUUUCUACCUUGGUGCUGAGAAUCCUUAAAGAACAGACACAUUUUCCAGAGAACUACACGGAGGCUGAGAGGUGAAACGGACCUGAGAGGUCAAGGUCAACAUUCCAGCCAGCUAAGUGGUGGAAGAGAAGCUCAAACGUGGAUCUCCUGACUCGGAAAAUCUGAGUACAGUGGGACAAGCUUUCUCAAGAGUUUGGGCCUAGAGCUGAUGGCAGACAAUGUCAACAACUAACAACAUUGCCCAGGCUCGGAAGCUGGUGGAACAACUCCGCAUCGAGGCUGGAGUGGAGAGGAUCAAGGUGUCCAAAGCCUCCUCGGAGCUCAUGAGUUACUGUGAACAGCACGCCCGGAAUGAUCCCUUGCUGGUGGGAGUGCCUGCCUCAGAGAACCCCUUCAAGGACAAAAAGCCUUGUAUCAUCCUAUAGCUCCACCCUCCUGGGAAUACACAGCCUCUCUCCCUGGCAGGGCCAUCCCCAUUCAGUAUCGAUUUCAAGCCAAACCUGUCCUAAGUCACAAAAACUCUCAGCAGCCAAAAACAUCCCCAGUACCACCACAGCCGCAGCCACCACCACCACCACCACCACCACUACCACCACUACCACCAUGAAGAGGGGCAGACACUAUGCUUUGCAUUCGGGUGGAAAAUCAAACCCAGCAUGCCCACAAGGCGGGGUCAGCAUACCAAUUUGAAGCAGUCUAAACGUCCCUGGGAGGAAGGGGGUAGGGGCAGGGUUUUGAUUUUUUUUUAAGAUACUCUAUUGCCAUUUAAAUAGUGGUUUCAAAAUAAGGGUGGGUGGAGAGACAGGAGGGAGACCUAGGGUGUCUGCGUUAUUAGGGGGCCCUCACAUCAAGGUCAAAGUGGACCUAGGUUAUAAUUCUUCUUAGACUGGCCUGCCAUUCAAAGACUCCGGUUAGAUUGGCAGGAGUUCAAAUUUAAAGGAAUUGCUCAUUCUUUUAAAAAAGAAACCUACUCUCUCAUUUAAAACAGAAAAAAAUAUAUGGAAAUUAUGCAUUGCUAAAAUGGGACCAGGGGGAGGAUAUUUUGACAACAGUAUCAUAUAAAGGGAUAAUGAAGGCAUGGAUGGGGGAUGGGGGGGACAGAGGGGAUAGGGAAGGGAAGUCAUCCUCAGAUCACAGCAUGCAUUUCCCAGCUCACACAACAUAUGGCACCUGUAUCUCUACCACCCCAUUGUGGGAAGCACCCUUUCUCUAGCACCCGUCAAGGGAAGCAGUCGACAGUGGCUUGAACUAGGGAGGGUGCAUCUCCUUGUAUUGCCAAUUUUGGUGGGAGGGUUUGGUGGGAGGGGCAUUGGGGGGAAGCAUGAGGUAUUGAUGUGGGUAUUUAAACCUUUGAGCCCGUACUAGCUUCUCCAUUUCUGUGUGUUGUUGCCUGAGCAGAAGGCUCAGGAUGAAUCCUUUGAUCUUGUCUUCUGAGCAUUGGGGGUGGGAGUGGGGUCAGGACUGCUUUGUGCUUCUGAGGGUAAGGGGGUUUGAAAGUUAUUUGUUGUUGUUGUUUUAAAAUAGCUGUGUGGCUCAAUCCUUUUUAAAACUCCUGCCCACUCAUGAGAUGAUUCUUUGUCAAAGACACUAAAACAAGUGCCCCCCAAAUGUCCUCCAUUCCUUUCCCCUGGGUCAAGAUGUGCCCACCAACCCUUUUAAGGCCCAGAAAAAUGGAGCUUGAGGCACUUCAGUUCAAUCCUAGAGCCAGUUAUUAAAUACUUGCCAUGUGCCAGGUCUUGUGCCAGGCCGUGUGCCAGACACUAGGUAGAGUUUAGAAAAAGAAAAAGUCCCUGCCCUCCUGAAGUUUAAAAUCUUUUAGAAGGGAGAAGACACAUGCGUAGAUCUCAGCAACAUAAAUUGGAAUAAAAUAAGCCAAAAGGGAGGUCCCUGCCAAGUGCCACAGGAGCUCAGAAGUAGGGGGAGGUACAUUUCCUUCUGAGGGGAGUUGGGAAAGGCUUUAUGGAAGAGGUUCCACUUGAGUCAGGCCUUCAAGAAAGGGGAGGCAGAGAGAUGAUGAAAUGUCAUUAUGGCCAGAAUUCUAAGCUUCCUUGACCCUCAUGGAAGAUGACGGGACCUGGGGAAUUCACUUCCUCUUCACUAGGAAUGACCCAACAGGCUAGGAAUACCAGACAGGGCAACCCCUCCCCCCACAUCAGCUGCUAUUGCUGGCAGCUUAUAAAGAGGCAGAGAAAGUUCCUCCCCUGCUGUAUCAUAGGAUUUAGAGUUGAGACUUUAAAGAUCAACUAGUCUGAUUGUCUAAUUUUACAGAUGGUGAAACUGAGGCCCAUAGAAUCAAGUGAUUACUUGCUCCAAGGUCACUCAUUGGCAGAACUGGCAUUCAAACCCUGCUUGAGGUUUAUUGUCCAAAGCGCUCCUCCAGGGAGGUGAGGGUGGACUGAGCAACAGGGGAAGAAUAGAGCUCAGGGAAGCCUCUCCCUCCCCAUUCACCAGCCAAAUCCCUUCGCUUGGUGGCCAGGCCACAGCCUCCAAGCAAGACACAAGCCAGAUUCCAGAAAAUGACCGAUGGAAGUCAUUGAAUCAGAUACUGAGAGACCUUUGAUCUCAUCUGAUUCUUGUUUCCCCAGCUGAUUCCCCUGUCCACAAAACUUAUUACCAAGGGAAUUUGACCUUAUUUCUUAAAACCUAUAAGCAGAAGCAGUGAUUCAUCCUCCCAAGCCCAUUCCUAGUCCCUUCCUCCUGAGCCUUGAUGCUAAGGCUGCAGAAUUUGAAGCAAGAUAGAUUUUAGGAUUCUAGGCCUCCAGAUUAGCUAAUCCAUUUUACAGAGGUUCAAAUUGAGGCCCAGAGAGCUUAAGGAAUUUACCCAAGGUCACACAUGGCUGGGAAGUGACAGGUCUUCUGACUACAAAUACAGGGCUUUUUCCACUACCUAUGAAAUUAGAUAUUUUACCAAUUUGCAGGAAAGCAUGGGUUAGGGACCACCAGUCCAGCCCAAUCCCCUCAUCUUACAGAGGAAACUCAGGGGGAGAAGGAACUUGCACAAGGUCAUCAGUGGCAGAACAAGACUUUAGAAACCAGCUCUUUCUGCUCUGCUGAAGGCAAACAAUCUUCCCAGUGGGAUAAUCAGGCCAUUUCCCAGAUGAAUUUACCUAGGACUGCCUAUAGGAAUCAGGUCCUGGCAGCAUGGUUUCCAAGGGACAGCAUUGAUCUGGGAUUCGGGAGAGAGUAAUACAAUCCUAGUCCCCAGUUACCAGCUAAAACAACCCCUGAGUUGUAUGGAUGGUUGACCCUCUUCCUACCCCUUAUCAUUGAGAGAAAGAGGCAUGGCUGAUGUUGACCAGCUUUGGACUUUCUUAAAGAACCCUGGAAAAACUACUCUCCCAUGGCCCUCAGUUUGCAGUUUUAUGGUAAUUCUCUCAGCCAGAUCACCGAGCACCUUAUCCUUGGCCCUUUCCACCUUUAAGAAAGGGAAAAUUCUGAGGAUGCCUGCUGAAUUCCAUUUAAACUUCAUCAUAGGAUUUCAAGUUGAAAGGGACCCUACAGUUCAUUGACUCUAAACCCUUCAUUUUAUAGAUAAGGACCUAGGCCCAAUGGAAAAAAAGUGAUUUGCUCAAGGUUACCCAGAGCCUAGAUUCAGACCAGUCCUCCAAUUUCACAUCCAAUGUUCUUUUCCUGUACCACCCUUACAGUUGUCUGGGCCCUCCCAAGGACCAUUUUUUAGGGAUGUCCGAAAGACUUAUUGGUAACAAAUACUGCAUGCUCUUUUAACUGCCAGUCAAGUGGACUAGCUCACAGGGUGAUUCAACCAAGUGGCCCCCACCAAGUUCAUGAAUUUCCCUGAUCUGAUCCUUCAAGCCACGCACCUCGGCUUUAGGGCCCCCUCAAAGCCCAGCCCUGAAGGUGUGUCCGAACACAGGCCAAGGAUAAGAGAAAGGUGACUAGAGAUAAAUGGAAAGUCAAAUUCUCCAGGACUUAACAGUUGAGGAGAAGGACUUUGGUCAGAAAUCUAGCUUAUAAAGACCCCAUCUGCCCAUUUGUUCCAAAGAUGGCUCAGUAAGUCUGUUUUUCCUCCUUCCAUCUUGGUAGCAUUGUUAAACUUUAAAAAUAGAAAAUGAGAUUUCUCCUCCUCUAUCUGCCCUUGAAAAGACAAAAUACAAGUGCUAAGUAUGCUUCGCAGAAUCAAAAUGUUAAAUCUGGAAGGAACUUCAAAGAUCAUCAAAUCCAAGCCCCUCAUUUUGCUUAAAGGGAGAUUGAAGCCCGAAGAGGGGACAUAGUUUGUCCAAGAUCACACAAGCAGUAAGUGGCAAACCCAAGACUAGAACCUGGAUGGUCUGAUUCCCUAGGACAGGGCUUUUUCUGCAGUAGUCCUAGAUCCCUAGUGCCUUCCUCCCCAAAGCACUGGCUCAUCCCAGACAUUCAGCUCCCCUGUGGACCUGGCUGGGCAUUCACACCCCGAUUUCUAGGUCCCAGGUGAGACCUUCCCUCUGGAUCCUGUUGAUUUCUCAGUAUUGCAUGAGGCCUUGCUUACCUUCCUCCAGAAGAUGUUUUGUUUUGCCAGCUCUCGGGGCACUGCCCUGCCUUUUCCCCUGCCCAGAAGUGAGCAGCUGUGCCAAACCUUAAAGGGAAUCCCCUCCUAGCAGAGCUUGGCUAAUAGCUGACCCCUGUCCAAGUGCCAGUGACUUCAUCCUGAUUAUUCGGGAGGGGAGACCUCUUCAGUUUAUUUACAAUGAGGGGGUUGGACUAGAUAAUCUCUAAGGGCCUGUCCAGCUCUUAGUCAUACAGUCCUGCAGUCCUCUGUGCUAAGGGAGUUUGGUAGGAAAAAAAUAGAUCCAGAAGUCGAUGUGAGCCAGGUUCUAGCCUCAAGAAGUCACUGUUGGCUGUGGAUGCCACUCGGUGUAGCUCUCGCUUCCCUUGGUCUCCCACACAUCUGACCUGGCCCUUCUUGCUUCAGUAUCCCAAGAUAGAGGGAAACCAUCAGAACCCAAACCAGGUCAGGAUUUGGAGAAGGAUGCAGUCCAACAGCCUCCCAGAGAACUUCCAGCCAGUGAAAGCCAUCCAUCCCAUCUAAAAAUAAAGGACUUAAUUACCCCAAGAUGAGUUUUUUACUUCUACUAGAGAAGAAAUUAUUCCCAUGGUGACACCAGGCAAAAUACAGGGCUAGUUUAGGCAACCAUGGAGAACUAGCUUCUAUUUUCUAAAUAGCCAAGUUCCAAUAUUUAGAUGCCAAUAUAACUACAAACAACCUUUAUAUGUCAUAUACAGAGGGCUAUGCUCUAGACUGGAAGGCAAAGUUUCAAUGAGAUAUAAUCACUGUCCUCAGUAUUUGUCUGCCUUGGUGAGUUCACCUGGAGGAAUAAUGGGGGCCAGGAAGGCUAAGUAGUUUUCACCUCUGAUAAACCUGCCCCACAGGCCUAGGUUCACAUCCCACUCCCUUCUCCACUGAUUCUUCUGUCCCUAGCUUCUCAGAUGUCACCCAAAGGGUCUGCAGCUGCCGUUAACAUGCCUCCUCGAGGCCUAGAAUUCUCAGUAGAGAUUGCUUGUCCAGCCCCUAUGUGAUACAAAUGAUGAAACUGAGAUCCAGAAAGGGAUCACAGGGUCAGUGGUAGAACUGAGACUCACUCCUGGGUCUCCAGCCUCCCAGCCCAUGAAUGUUGCCACUUCAUAAUAUUCUGUUGCCCUUCCUCUGGCUCAUCCUCUCCAGGGAGCCCUCUGUCUUUGGUAGCUGCUCCCUCCUCACCCACCAUGUGCCCAGCUGUUCAGGCCUGGGGCAAGGAGAGGUGAGGUGAGAUGAGGAGAGUUGGGGAUUCAUGGAGCCCAUGCUCAAACCAGGAGGAGGCAAGAAGGUGGCCACUCACUUUCUACAAAGAAAAAUCCUCCAACUUUUUAUUCUUCUCCUCUCUAAGAGUAAGUCAGUGUUCAUACUUUAGAUGAGAUGUUUUUGUUUAGGAUAAACAUAACUACAAGUAACAGUAACUGCUUGUACUUUUCUGUCUGUGCAUUUGCCAAAAAGAAAAAGAAAUAGACUUUCUGUAGGACUUUUAAGUGCUCUCUACAAGGCAAGAAGGUAGCUUCUCUCCCACUUGCUGUGGUGGUGUCAGCAGGUGUGGCCUAGGCCAAGUGCAGCACCAAUUUCUGAAGGUGUUAGCAAGAAUUGGGAAAAGGGAACUGAAAGCAGGAAAGGGAAAUGGGAAAAGGGGGAAAUGGAAUUUCUAUUGCGUCUGCAAAGCCAUUCACUUUUUCCCCUGGCUAGAGAGGAUGAGGGGCCAAGGAGGUAUUAGGGCUUCCACCUGCCCCAGCCUAAGCAGGCUCUCGCCCAGGCCCACCUGUGAACCUGUGAAAUUAUCAGUACAGUACAAUGUCUCCCUGGGAGCAAAGAUGUAUACCCCAUCCCCCCUUCUCAGGAUGGCCUGGCUUCCUCUAAGCCUAGAUUGAGAUCACCUGGCCACAUUGCCCCCUCCCCCAACCAGCAACCCCUAAGUUGAAGAAUCCACUUUGGUCACGACCUUUGACCCCCAGAGAUGUAAACUUAUGAGGCCUGCUCUAAAGCGGAAGGGGCCUGUCUUUUGUUUUCUGAGCCCAUCUUUGAUACAGCAUGGUCCCAAAAGUCCUCAGAAAUGGGGGCCUCCAGGCAACUCAUCCAUCUCUUUAACAACCUCCUUCCAGGGCCCUUGCCUUCUGGAAGGCCCGAAGAGCCCAUCAGACCACUGCCUGAGCUCAGCCCCUAAGGAGUUUCCAAACCGUAGGUAAAACCGCCAGAACCAUCGCUCUUCCUUGAGGAGCACUUAACGAGGAAGUGGACAGAGCAUUUAAUUCACCAAGAAGCCGCGUCGAACAUUUUUCUUUCUUUCUAUCUUUUUUCUUUGCCAACUGAUACCAUUGCCAAACACCCAUGGAGCUUAAUGAAGACUGUUUCAGGAAGCACUCUGUGAUGAUGGAGAGGUUCCCAUCUGCCUGCAAUGGGAACACAGCUGAGUUUGAGGGGUGACUCCAGGUGUGCCAUCAACUACUUUCUCGCACAGUGUUGACUGUUUUGUGGAACUGUUGUUACAAAGUGAAUUGAUACCACAAUAAAAAACAAAAAAAGGCUUACUUUUCA